AUGACAGACGCUACCCUCGAUGUUCCUCGAAACCGGACUCCAGGAUGGCUACCGCGGACUUUGCGUCGAUCAUACUUGGUUCCGUUGGCCGGCCUCAUGCUGUUCAUGCUGCUGGUCACGGAAUGGCUUCGGCAAUUGGGCAACGAUAGAGGCAGUCUCACGCUAUUCACUUCCACGGACCAAAUCACGGAUUCGCGACGAUUCGUCUACACCUAUGUCCCGAGCAUCCUGAGUAUGGUCAUGGCCCUCCUAUGGUCUCUCGUCGAAUACGACGCACUUCGACUCGAACCGUACUUCCAGCUGUCAAAACCGCAGGGGGCGUCGGCUGACGUGCUCCUCCUUAACUAUGAGUUUGGCCACUAUACCACCGCCCCGUUUUUUGCGAUCAAGAACCGCCACUGGGUGGCGGUCUGCAUAUCGUUCCUGAGUAUCAUGCUGCAAAUCGUCUUCCCCACACUGCAGAGCAGCUUGUUCAAGAUGGAUGAUGCGACGGUUUACAGCAACCAACACCUGGAGACCUGGCCGGAUAUCGUGAACUUGGAGGAACAGGGUUCCUUGGUAUACAGCGGGACGUCGAAUGGUUCAGGGAUCAGGGAUCAUCGGGAUCUUUCUUACAAUCAGCCAGAAUCCAGCAGGUACGCCAUGGCGCCGGUGAAUAUACCAUUGGAGAUCCAGUACGAUACGAAAUUGUGGGAGUUGACCCAGUCCGUCUAUUGGACGGAGUUAUCCUGUGCCGAGGUGUAUGUGAGUGAUGCCAUAACGAUUGAAGUAUCUUCCAAUACCUCCACGUUUGGUGUCACAUCACCCACGUCCCAGCCCAUGUUCUGGAAUCUAGAUGAUGCCCAGUCAACAGCGCAGAACUGCUCCGUGGAACUGGACGAGGAGAUCUUCAUCCCACCGACCAACUCGUCUCUGCACAUUUCACAUUGGCAACAGAUCACACCUGCUGCGACGACGCUCGCUGGCAAGUGCAUCUCCUUUGACCUCAUUGGUCUGACGGUUGAUAUUAGCCCAAACAGAUCCAGUGAAAACGUUGAGCGUUCGAAAAACGACCUAACAGGCUCGGAUUACAUUCAUCAGGUCAAUGGGUUCGGUUGCAAUAUUGUAUACAAGUCAUCCCCGGCCGAUAUCUCGGUGCAGGUCAAUGGCACGCUCUCCGUGAUCGAUUUGCAAGAAAACUCAACAACAGCCGUGUCCGAAGCUGCGCUUAACACCACACAUUUCAAAAGCAUAAUAUUGCAAGAGGUGGCUACAACCAACGGCACAUCUUUUCUCAAUAAGAAGCCCAUGCGAACGUCGACCUCCCAGCGCAAUUUGAUGUCGAACCUCGAAGGUAGCGUUUCGACUGCUUUUGUGCCCUUGAUGAACAGGAUAUUUGAUCUCAGUGGGCAAACGCACUACGUCAAAGCCUCCCACGUGACACACCAGAUGGCCAUAAUUGUUGGCCCGGUGCAGUCCUUUGUGUCCGAGGCAAUCCUUCUUUUCGGAAUCGCAGUUGUCUCGUAUCUCGCCUACAGUUACCCACGCCGUCCAAACAUGCUUCGAAGUGACCCGGCGUCUAUUGCGUCGAUGUGCGGCCUCAUGGCCGAUGUUAUCGAUGCUUCAUGUCUGUCUCAUCUGAGUCUUGAUCAACUAUCGACUAGGCAGCUCAAGUCUAUUCUCCGAAACUAUACUUGCCGUUGGCAGCAAGCUACGGAGCCUCCACGCAUCUGCAUCGAACCAUCUGCUGUACCCCGCUCCCAAGGACAAUUCUCCAAAGCAAAAUCUGAUCCGAGGCCCCAUUUCCUCCUCAUCCCCAUCUUCGCUCUUGAGAUCUUGCUUUUCCUAACGGCUUUCGCCGGUAUCGUGACAAUAUUUGCAUUGUGUGCCAAGGAUGGAACUUUCCACUACCUGACUUACCUCAAUGUAAACAGCCUAGCCGUGCUGUUUCAACUCAUCCCAUCGGCAAUUGCUUCCAUCAUAAGGGCAAUUUGCCUUUCGAUGUACCGAUAUUUGUGCGUCCUAGAACCGUGGUCAGUUCUGCAGGCCGGAGGCGCAUCUGCCGCCUCUUCAUUACUACUUGAGUACGGGUCUUUGAACCCUCUCUCCUCCCUCUUCAAGUGGUUCGGUUAUCGCCAUUUCCUACUUGGACUGGUAGGAGUGGCGUGCGCUCUUAAUACCGUCAUGAAUGUUCUGGCCAGCGGACUCUUCCAGCAUGACCUUGGGCCGACACGCGCGGAUGCGAAUAUGAAAUCCAAUUACAGCUAUACAUCAUUCGCUAUCAGAGAGCCUUCGUCAAUAUUCCCCGAACUCGAUUCCAUCAAGAGUAGCAUCUACAGUGGCACGUCAUUGCUUUCUUGGACCACGUCCACCUUGUCUUUUCUUCCCGCAUGGACAGACACGUCGGACGAAUGGCUUGUUGGAGGCUCUCUAAUGGGGGUCGGGGCCGAUCUAUUGUGCGAGGAGCUCUCGAUUACGGAAAGCUUUUCGGAGGAUGCUGAGUCGAACGUGGCCACUUGGCAGUACUCCCCUUUCAACGAGUCAGGAACGGUAUGCCAGUUGAACACCAUUCGGAUUAUUGAACCCAGCCAGGGAUCGAACUUGGACGUCCACUUCUUCCCCUCGGUACCGUCCAAUGAAUCCUCUGGGUGCCAGAAACCGGCAUUGGUGGUCGUUGCCCAUCCGAGCGGAAGCGACUACUCACAGAUCACACCCGAUAACACAGUUGCCUUGUACUGCGAGUCCCAACUUGUCAUGCAAAAUUUCUCGGUUGGCUUUAACUCGGGGGGGUACAUACAGUAUUCCGUUCCUCUCAAUGGUACCUCAGUGGUCGAUAGCCAUAUGCUGCAAAAUGGAACAGCCAAUCUCCUGCAUUACAACGAAUGGCUAUCCAGUCCGGCCAGCAUUUCUAACAAUGGCACCUUACUAGAAGUUUCUAACUCAAAUCAGACUGACUGGUUCGGGACUCUGACAGCGAGCCUCUACCGUAUCCUUGAUAGCAACACAACAGUCAUUGCUGCGGAUGUCUUGGGAGUCGCCUCCCGUUCUGUAUACCGGACCAUUUUUGCUACCGACAUCACGCUCAAACGGGAUUCCUAUUUCCAACACGCCGACCCUCCUGCCCUUGUCAAUGACGGCAUCAUAUACAAUAUGUCCUGGGCAGUGGUCCCAUCAUUCUCGUCGUUUCUAUACGUUUUACUCAUCGUCCUUUUCGACACGUGCGUUGUGGCCUCGGUCUUCUUUACCCGGAGAGGCCGGUUCCGGUUUCCGCGCAUCCCGCGGUCUAUCGGCUCCGUCAUCCCAUGGGUCAUCCACGGCCGAGUUCUGGAGGAUUUCAAGGGCACGUACGCCUGGAGUGGUAACGAACGAGAGAAACACUUUGCCGACCUCGAUAAACGAUACAAACUCGAUAGGCUGGAAAUGCCGGAUGGGAAAUGGAAAUACAUCCUAGACGAAGACCAUGCCCGCCCCGAUGCUAGCCCCACUAUCAGCGAGACCACGCAGCCCACGCCCACCUCGAAAAAUCGGUUCCAAACCCUUUUGCGGAGAGUGACAUCUGAUAGUGCUAAAUCUGAGAGAAAUGGCUGA